AUGACGUUGCUCACAUGGGUCAAGGACGUGUUGAACGUCGGAACGCUUCCGAGCCCACCUUAUGCUCCGGCUCAACUUUAUUUGAUGGCGCUGGCUAUCUUCAAGGCUUGGCCCUUUGUCGCUCCAGCCGUCGCGCUAUUCAACGCUCCACAUGGCCGAUUUGUGUUUGACAGCCUGCUGAACGUCAAUGGCAACUUGGGCUGGUUCCUCAUGGAGAUCCCCUCGCCCAUCUUCUUGCUACUCAGCGCGUUUUCCAAGCCACUCUCGUCUUCGGUCGUCAAAGGAAGCUCUGGAUUCUUGCCGCCAUUUUCUUCACUGUACUCUCCUUCGAUCCAGUAUUUCCUGUCGUUGCCGUCUCCCAACCAGAUCCUGAUUGUCCUAUUCACGAUCCACUACACGCAUCGCGCCGUGUUGCAGCCACUGAGGUCGCCCAGGCGCUCGCCGAUGCACAUCUCGGUGCCGUUGAUGGCGAUUGUGUUCAAUGUGAUCAACGGAUCUCUGAUAGGGAGCUGGCUUGCCGGCAGAAGUCCGUGGUCGGCGCUCCCGCAGCCUGCAGUGGCUUCGGCUGCUCUUGCUGCUGUAGGCGCCAAGACGGGCAACGUGGCUUCCAGCGUCGCUGCAUCAGCGCUCACCCGCAAACUGGUUUCUACGGGAGCAGCAGAUGCACUGGGUGUCCGAGCACCUGGUCUGAUCUCGACCGCGGUGUGGAAGAGCCCCCUGUGGUAUCUCGGCCUGGCAGGCUGGGCCAUCGGGUUUGCUAGCAACGUCUACCACGACGAAAUCCUCAUGGACAUCCGCAAACCCGGAAAGGUGGCGCAGCAGGCGGACGCUGACACGACGAGCGUGGGAAAGGGCAAGUCGGCUCGCACAUACUCGAUCCCGCGCGGCGGACUAUUCGAGUACAUCUCGUUCCCCAACUACGUUUGCGAAUGGUUCGAAUGGUUCUCGUUCGCGUUCGCAGCGCUCUACUCACUGCCAAUCUUCACGCACCUGAGCGCAAAAGAUGCUUUCGCAACCGCGCUGUCCACGCCGCCCUUCCUGUUCCCCUUUGUGCUCGUCUGCGUCAUGGCGCCAAGGGCGGUCAACGGUCACACUUGGUACAAAAAGACGUUUGGCGACAAGUUCCCGCGCAGCCGCAAAGCCAUGGUGCCGUUCCUGCUGUAA